CGUAAGUUUUCUUCGGAGUUCGGUAUUUUUGUUAUUUUACUUUUUUCUUUAUCAUCUUGAAUUUGUGAGAAAAAAUACUGCACCAAUUGCAUGUCCUCUUGCAUCAGUAUCUAAAAUUAACUGACCAGUUUCUGUGGCAUAAUUCAAAAUGGGAGCAGAUAUUAAUCAUGAAUAUCAUCAUUCUCUUACAUACUAGUAUACACAUUAUUUAGUUUUAAACAUCAGCUAUAUUUGUAAAGUCCUUUGUUCGUUUAAAAAAUUGUCACGUUUGCAGUGGUAAGGUUUAUUUAUAGACCAGAGAAAAUUCGUGACUGUAUUUUGUUAGAAAUGGCUACAUUGAGGAAUAUAAACUGGGAAAACAUCCUUGCCUUAAGUAUACGAGUGAUUUUCCUUGGUUUCUUGGAUACAAUUUUCAGAUUUAGCUACCAAUACCUUGGAUGGGUAUCAUAUAUUGUGCGUUGUUUAGGACUCUUAACUCUUUUGGUUGUUACUGGAUUACCAUACAGCAUUUUGCUGACCGUCUUCAGGAUUAUGCUGGGAACUUCAAAUAUAAUUAUAGCAUGGCUUGUAACAUCGUUGUUUAUAAAGUGUGGAGAAACACCAGAAUACCCUGUGCAUAUUUUAAUCAUUCUAAAACUAGUGCAAAUUAGUUUAAUUCUGUUUUAUUAUUGGUUUAAUGAGGUUAACACAUUAUAUCGGUUCGCAGUGCAUUUUUACCUCUUUUUCAUGGGAGGAACGGUGUUACAAAUUUCUCCUGAUUGGAUUUUCAACGCCCUAACUAUAGUCUCAAUUUUGUGUCUUGUUUUGCUAUGCCUUCAUGUGUUUGAAAGAGGAAUCUUGUCUCCUGAAGAGAAAAUGCAUAUAAAUCUAUACCUCCAACGUUUUGAAGGAUUGGAAUUGGAUGACAUUAUAAACAUAUUCCAUAGAAAGGAGUUUUCUAUUUAUUUUAUAAUUUUAUUUACUGUAUGCCUAAUUAACAACUGGCUCGUGGUUGACCUUGAUCAAGAUAUUAACAAAACUAAAUUGGUGUUUUAUACCACACUCGGCAUGUGUUGUUGUUCUGUAAUCUCCGUUAUAGCAUUUUCUACAAUUUCAAUUGUAAUUUGUAAACAUCUGUUAAAGUUCUGCUAUUUCAUUGUAAAAGGGAUGUAUGAAUCCACACAAAUAGAGCUCGGGUUACUUAUAUGGUGCAUCGUAAACGUAUAUUUCUGUACAACAGACAUGAUUUUCUUUGACAUGGAGCCGUUUGACCGUGGUAUCUUUUUGUCCAGCAGAAUUGUAUUUCUUGCAGUUUGUUCGGCAGACCUUUGUUCAAUUAUCGUACAAUUAGCGAGUGCAGAUGUGGUAGCAAUGCAAGCAUCAGGAUUCAGCACCCUUAGAGUUAUCGGCGUGCAUAUUGCAUUUUGUUUUGGAUAUGUGGCAAUACUAUACGGACUUAUAGUCCAGUAUUCAAUGAAAGAUUUGGGCAUUUUUCUUACAACAGCUUAUUCCGUUUGUGGUCUCAUAAAAUCAUUUGCUUCGCUUUUUAUAUAUUGUCUGUAUAAAUUUUAUGAAAUUCGCCAGGGAUUCUGGGAAAAUUUUGAUGAUGUGAUAUUUUAUACACGAAUUACUGUAUACACGAUUACACUUGUUAUUUUAAUGCCUACAGCUUGUGUUGGUGUUUGGACAGUAUUUUAUGGAUUCUACACAUGGUUUGAUUUAAAUCGACUACUAUCAAUGUGGCUGGUCAAUGUAUUCUUCGGUAUUAAAGUUUUAUUAAAUACUAUUCGACAGAGGAAAAGGGUCUUGGCAUAUACUACUUUAUUAGAAGAUGCAUCAAAUUCUCAGCUAAACAGGGAUAACUGCAUUAUUUGUUUGCAAGAAAUGAUGAAAGGAAAGGUUACCCGCUGUGGUCAUGUGUUUCACGAGAUAUGCAUACGAAAGUGGUUAAAUACGAGAACGGUGUGUCCACUGUGUAACACAUCGAUUGUAAUAUAUGUACAAUAAACUUUGCGUAUACAAAUGUACAUUCAUACAUUAUUGGAAAACUUUUGUAAAACUUUAGGAAUUCUCAGUUUUAGUACAAAGCUGUUGUUGUAAAUUGCUUUCUUUUAUUAUAGACAUUUUCUUAUAAUUUAAUUUUGGAUGUAACGCGUCUUCUGAUUGGCUGACGUUGUUUUGUUUAUCAGCUCAUAGACAUAAUUUUGUCAUGUGACCGUGACCUCAUCAACGUUUUUUCAUGGUUUACUCCGGUUUAAAAUGGAAUUUAGAAUUAAAUUAUAAGAAAUGACUAAUAUUUUUUCGGUCUAUUCGAAAUAACAAAAAAAAUGUGGUGCACACUUUAAAAUAACCCGCUACGCGAGUUAUUCAGUGUGCACCACAUUUUUUAUGUUAUUUCUUCAUAGACAGAAAAAAUAUUACAGUCAUUCCUUAAAUAAUUGGUAAACAUCUUAACGUCGUUUAGCGCGGUAAUUACGUAACAGUAUAUUCGACGUCGCUACUUAGCGACGAUAUUUGUGAUAUAUGUAAUCAAGUUAGAUAAAAAUUUCGAUCUUCAUUAUUUCUUUAGACUGAAUAUAAGUCAUAUUGGUGCCGUGACAAAAAGAACGACGAGUUCUAAACUCAAAGCUAUUCGAGCUGGACAUCGUGGUGCAGUCACGAAAUUAAUAAAGCGAGUGAGCGGAAAUUUCGAGGAGUUAUUACAGGAAUACAAUGUGAAUGAACUUAUGUCAAUCAGAGAAAUGAUACGGAAGAAGGAAACAGAUAUUUCGGAACUCAACGAUAAAAUUGUGGAAGAAAUUUCGGAAGAGGAUAUUCAAGAAGAGAUAGAAGAAGCCGACAGGUAUGAAUUUGAUAUCCAAAUUACUUUAACAAAUUUAGCAAAAGUAAUCCGGGAAGCAGAUAACCGUGCACAACAUCUAUGAAACAACCACAAUUAAACCCGCAUGCCACAGAAUUUACACUUUCAAAUAACCAAACAAAUCCGACUCAAUUAAGUUUCACGCCAGCAAAUCAUUCAGCAUCUUCAUUUUCAAACUCCAGUAUGUACCAUAAAUUACCAAAGCUUUCCCUACCCACGGUCGGAGGAAAUAUAUUGGAAUGGCAGCCAUUUUUGGAUUCCUUUUGAGCAGCAGUACAUGAAAAUUUGUCCUAAAACGACGUACAGAAGUUUAACUAUUUAAAGUCUCAAUUGUACGGAGAAGCAAGCCAGUGCAUCUCAGGAUUACAAAUUACAAACACAAAUUACGCUCAAGCCCUACAUGUAUUGAAACAGAGAUUUGGUCAACCCCACAAAAUUGUGAAUGCUUUUAUGCAAAGCCUUAUUAGUCUACCCAGUCCAUCCGCAAAUAUUAGAGAACUUUUACGACAGUAUGGAGAAUUAUAUUCGAGGUCUUGAGGGAAUGGGACAGACACAUGAAUCGUACGGGAGCCUUCUAGUACCAAUUAUCUUAAAUAAAAUUCCCGGAAACAUCCGACAAAAUAUGGUACGCAUUCAUGGAAAUGACAGAUGGAAUUUACAGUUGCUACGAGACGCAAUUCAGCAUGAAAUUACAAUCCAAGAAACAGGUCAGUCAGUAAAUUGUUACGAAUUAGAAUCAGAAUAUACACCUACAUCGGCAUUUAUAGCGAGUACAAAACGAAACUAUACAAUUCAAAUAACAGAAAUUUAACCAGCAAACCCUGUAUAUAUUGUAACGACAUUCACGCUCCAACUGCAUGCAUGAAAGUGAAAAAUAUUGAUGACAGAAAGCGCACAAUUAAGGAGAAACAGUUAUGUUUUAAUUGUUUGGGAAGUCAUAGAAUUGCACACUGCAAAUCGAAAAAAAAACCUGUAAAAAUCGCGGAAAACGACACCACACGAGUAUUUGCAACACAAAUGAGCGGCAUUCGCAAGACAAAGCAAAAACAGAAACGGAUAAUUGUAAAACAGGAAAACCAGACAGCAAUCACAGUAGCAAGCAUGCACUCAUUAGCGACAUCAGUAAGAGCUCAAGUACUUUUGAAAACCACAAUAGUUACAGUCUCGUCCGACGAAAACCAUUUUAGUCAAGCAAACAUCCUAUUCGACGAAGGUGCACAGCGCAGUUUUAUUACCAAGUAUCUUUUCAAUUACUUGAAACCCGUAAAAAAUGAAGUAAUAACAGUCUCGGGAUUUGGUGAAUCAAAUACGAAAGUAAGACAUCUUCAAGUGGCUACUGUUUAUUUACGAGCUCAGACUACAGAAUUAAUACCAAUUAAUGUACUUAUCGUUCCAAAGAUUGCUCACCCCAUACAAACAUACGCAAGAAACCAGUCAAAUUUUCCGUACCUCAACAUUAUGGAUGCAAGGUCCAUCUUGGAUCUCAGAUGAAAAUCGUUGGCCUACAUGGACUCAACAGCCGGAACAGGAAACAACUCUUUUGACGACGACAUGUGACAACGAUAACACAGAGACAUUUGGUUCUACAUCGAUGCCCGGAAUUUCAAAAAUUAUUGACUUAUCUAGGUUUUCUUCAUUGAAAAAAUUAUUGGGAGUUUGCGAAAUUUGUGAGAAAAUGCAGAGACAGCAGAGCAUACCAACUUAGAAGAAAAUAUACACACACACAGGAAAGAAUUACUAACGAAGAAAUUCAAUUUGCAAUACAUCUAUGGAUUAAGGACGUACAAAACGAACGAUUUAUGGGAGAAAAGGAGAAAAUUUCGAGUAAUUUAGGAAGCAAAGAAUUGGCUUUAUUGAAACAAUUACGCCUAUUUAUUGACGAUGAAAGUAUAUAAGAUGCGGUGGGCGCAUACAUAAUUCCUCGUUGGGUAGCUGUACAAAAUUUCCAAUACUUUUGCCAAAGAAACAUACAUUUACUGAUCUUAUUAUACUGGAUGCACACUUGAAAAUGUUACAUUCAGGAUCUGGACAAACAGUCACCCAAAUCCGACAGUCGUAUUGGAUACCGUCUAUUCGUCAGUGCGUGAACCAUAUAAUACAGAAAUGCAUACAAUGUCGUAAAGUCAUGGGAAAAUCGUUUAUGGAGCCAGAUUUACCCCCACGUCCUAUAAAGAUAGAGUGACGGAUAUGAUUCCAUUUACAACAACAGGUGUGGAUUUUGCAGGACCGCUUUAUGUUAAAGAAACCGGAAUUUUGAAAAAGAUGUACAUUUGUUUAUUUACAUAUGCAUGUGUUCGAGCUGUACAUUUAGAACUCGUUCCAGCCUCUUCCGAACAUUUGAAAGUCCCUACUAUGUACUGGUUACCUAAAUUGCACAAAAAACCAUUUAAAUUCCGUUUCAUCUCCGCAUCUAGUAAGUGUUCUACUACUAAUAUAUCAGUGCUUCUAACUACCUCCCUUACUACUAUCAAAGAACUUGUUAUUAACUUUUGUAAUAAAGCUUAUGAAAAUAAUGGUAUUAAUUAUUUUUGGAGUGUUAAAAAUUCUUUAGAGGGUUUAGAUAAAAUACAUGCUUUUGAUGGUCCUUUUAAUUCUGUUGACAGUUAUGAUUUUUCUACUCUCUAUACUACACUUCCACACAAUCUUAUCAAGAAAAAGUUUUCAUAUUUGAUUAAAUGGUCUUUUGAAAAAUCUCAUUACAAAUUUAUUUGCUGUAACUCUUUUAAAGCCUUUUUCUGUAACGAAAAAGGAAAGUAUGCUAGAUACACUUACUGGAAAUGUGAAGAUAUGAUUGAAGCUUUAAAUUUUCUCCUGGACAACAUAUAUGUACGUUUCGGCGAUAGAGUGUAUCGACAAGUAGUAGGUAUUCCUAUGAGCACUAACUGCGCCCCUUUAAUAGCAGAUUUAUUCCUGUAUUGCUAUGAAUCUCAGUUUAUGACCAAACUCAGUAAAGACACGUCAUUGUUACAUUUGGUUGAUACAUUCAACAUUACCUUCCGUUAUCUAGAUGAUAUUUUUUCGUUAAAUAAUCCAGAGUUCUCUAAAUAUACUACCGAAAUUUACCCAAUAGAACUUACUUUAACUAAAUCUAACAUAAACAGCAGUAGUUGUCCUUUUUUGGAUUUGGACAUUUCUUUCUCUAAAGGAAAACUCCAUACGAAAAUUUACGACAAAAGAGACGAUUUUUCAUUCCCUAUUGUUAAUUUUCCUUUUUUAGACGGCGAUGUUCCUUUGGCUCCAUCAUACGGUGUUUAUAUAUCCCAACUCGUUCGUUAUGCCCGUGUGUGUAGUGAUGUCAUAGAUUUUAACGAACGUAAUCAAUGCAUCACUAGUAAGUUAUUAAAUCAAGGAUUUCGUUACCAUAAAUUACGUAAAACUUUUGCUAAGCUCUUUCAUAGAUACAAAGUUUUGAUUAGUAAAUUUGGCUGUACUUGUAGAAAACUGAUUAAAAACGGUAUUUCACAUCCUAAAUUUUACGGUAAUAUUGUACUUAAAGCGCGGAAAUCACUAUGUGAUCCGUGUAAACUCAUCGAACCUUUAAACAAACUUAUUAGUAAAGGUUAUCUUACCAAUGCUGUAAAUAGAUCUUUGAAUAUAGUUUACAUUGGCACUAAUAUCGAUUUUGUCAUCAGCAAAUUAAAACAACUAAAUUUGUAUUUUUUUCAAGCAUAUAAUAUAAAGAUACACCCACGUUCGUUUAGAUCUAUACAGAGGUUAAACUCCUAACUAUCCUACUGUCUGUCGAUACAUUUAUUUUUGGCAUUGCACUAGUCAUGUCUUCUUUGACUGUCCACGACGUUAAAAUACUAAAUCCCUAGGAUAUGUUUUAGUUGAUUUUAGUCUCUGAUGCAUGAUUUUUUAUUUUUAAUUGUUUUGGCUUUUAACUAGCUGUCAGUAACUGCGAGUACUCUCAAAUCGUACUUUCUUUUUUUAUUUGACCUGUUGAUACUAAUUGUAUUGCUUUUUUGUUAUUUAAUGUUAUUCAGGGUUAUAUCUGGUCUAUAUACCAGCUUUGAUAAGUGUUUGGUAUAACUAUAAAUUUUCACUUCGUACUAUGAACAUCAAUAUUAUUUAUUUUGUAAAAAUAUUUCCUUUCUCUAUUGGUACUGUACACGUAUACCUAACAAUAAAAUUAUUUUCAUUUA